CCCAUUGGCGGCCCUCCCUCAUGGGACGCGACACCCAACGCUACUUUGAAUCCAAGGAUUCAAAAAAAAUUGUUCCCGUUGAAACCUGAAACACUCUCGCUAUCUAUCUCUGCACGCACCUCGUUCUUUGGAAAUCACGAGAUGCUCACACCCCAUCUCUUCAAUUCUCUCGCACUGCUGCUCGCUUCUCCACGCCCCACCCGACCUUUACAAUCCAGAGGCAAAUUCCCACCUUCUCUGUGCGACACCUCACGCCCAUCAACUUCCCACCUUUACAAAUCCAGAGGCAAAUUCCCACCUUCUCUGUGCGACACGUCACACCAGUCAACUUCGAGAACUUCCUCUCUGUCUCUAACCCCUUCCUUCUUUCUCUCUCCUCAAUGCCUUGCUUUCUCUCUCCUCCAUGGUUUGCCCAUUUCUUCUUUGCCAAUACCAUGUCGGGUCUUCUCCUUCUUCUCUCUGACCUCAUCCUCUUUCUCACUCCUUCAUGGCUCACUCUCUCUCUUCUGUCACCACCCAUUUGCUUCUCUGGGUUUCUCUCACAUGGGUCUUACUCUUGUCAUCUUACCUCUGCAAUUCACUUCCUGGAAUUGUGAACAAAUGCAAUGAAAAAUGUGGCCCCAUUUCCAUUACCUACCCUUUUUAUCUCAAAGAAUCAUGUGGUUUUCACGGCUUCAGACUAGGUUGCUCAAACUCCACACCCACCCUUGAGUUAAAUUCUGAAACUUUUACAGUUCUCGAAAUUUCAUCAGAUAGCAUCUCAAUCGAUUUUCCUGGUUCUUCAUGUCGAUUUGAUUCAAGAGAUUUUGAAUUUAAGGGUAAUCAAUUCUAUGGAAUUUCUAUUCAGAAUGUGAUCCAACUAUGGGAUUGUGAGAAGAACUCUUCUUUAUGUAAAUUGGACUGCAGGGGGCCUGAUGAAGAAAAUGAAAAUGUGGGUUGUGAAGGAAAUAGCAGUUGUUGUUAUCCGCUGAGUGAUACGAGUUUCUGGCAACCUGGUGAUGGGUUUUCUGUGUUUGAUGGAUUUGGAUGUCAGGGCUUAUCGAUAUCAAGUGUUUCUCCUGGUUCAAAGCCUGAGCUUAAGCUUGAGUGGGCCGUUCCAGGAUACUCCCCAGGUAGUGUAUGCUCGAAUAACGCUUUAUCAGUGAAUGCCACGACAGUUGCAGAGGGAAUAAGGUGCGUUUGUGAAGAUGGGUUUCUUGGAGAUGGUUUUGCCGAGGGGAUUGGAUGCGUAAAAGCAUGUAGGAAGAAUGGAAGAGAAACAUAUGGAGAAGCCUGCCACAAUAGGAGAAACAUAAAACAGAGAGCAGUGAUCCUUGCUGGGAUAUUGGCAUUCACUGCCAUUCUUGCAGCCGUAUUGACUUUAUAUUGUCAAUUCAGACAAUCCAACAAAGAUGACAAGCAAAAUCCUAACCCUACUGACUCUUCAAAAAUCAUUGCUUUUCGAAAGUUAUAUAGGGCUCAACUAUUCACAUACAAAGAAUUAGAAGUAGCCACAAAAGGAUUCGAAGAAAGCCAAAGGAUAUUGCUUGAUGAUCAUGGAGCUGUCUAUGCUGGGGAGCUUGAUGAUGGAUCAUAUGUAUCCAUCCAUAAGAUACUACAUGGAAGUGACCAAGGACUUGGACGAGUUUUGGAAAAGAUUGAUGCCCUCUCUCGUAUUUCACAUAAGAAUAUUGCUCGUCUUCUCGGGUGCUGCACCGAUUUGGGUUCACCUUUGGUUGUCUUUGAGCUCCCCCGAAAUGGAACCCUCAAAGAGCAUCUCCAACAAGAGAAAGGCCGAGGCUUAGAUUGGCUGACCCGUAUAAAUAUACUAACUAAGGUAGCCAGUGCCCUUGCAUACCUAAAGUUUGAAAUCUCCCCACCGAUUUAUCACCAAAAUCUUCAAUCUGGAAACAUACUCCUUGACUAUGAUUAUACCGCAAAGAUUGCAGGCUUUGGGCUUGAAUUGCUUGGGCUAGCAAGUGGGUCACACCUAUCUUUGGACAAAACUGAUGAGUUUAGCAUUGGUGGGGUAAUGCUCGAGAUAAUCACAGGCUUGGGUCCAACGGGGCUUGCUGCAAUGGCGCUGGUUAAGAUAAGGGAUGGAAGGCUAUAUGAGAUGGUGGACCCAUUUCUUCUUUUCCAAGAUCCCUCUUUCCAGAGGGAGGCGAUGGAGAGGGUUGCUGGGCUUGCUGUUAGGUGCUUGUCAGUUCAGGAGGUUGAUAGGCCUAGCAUGAUGGAAGUUGCAGAAGAGCUUCAAAAGGCUAGGACUGAGAGUAUGAAGGCAAGGAGGGAGAGUAGAUUGGAGGAGACAUUUUCAAACUCCAGCCUUUUGCAAAUGGUUUCAAUGUCGCCAGACUCAAUUUAUGUGCCAUGUGUGGGCUCAGAGAAUGGUGCCUCAGCUGGUUAAAUAUGCACGAUGAGGCUAAAAAUAAUGAUUAGUAUGAAUUUCUCAAUUAUCAUUGUGACAAAGAAUUCCAUGUACACUGUUGAGCUUUAUGGGAAAAACAAGAAGCACAAGGUGCAAACUACUUGUGCAAACUAUUGAACUUGAUUGGAGCUUGAAAGUAAGCUUGAUGUGUUGUGUUCAUAAACUUAUCAAUAUUUGUGCGUGUUUAUGCCAGUCACAUCAUUGCACCGCCUGGCACUGGCCUGGCCAAAUCGAAAGGAAGAGCUUGGACCUAGCCCUGCCUUUCCAAAGUGCUGGGUCAAGGUUGGCCCGGCUGAUUGCCUCUAUUAUUAUCAAUUAGAAUUUAUUAGACAACUCUUGGUAAUAUAAUUAUUUGGCAAAAUUG